GACUUAACCAAUACUUCUCUUCUUAUUCUUCUUUUCAGACUCUCUUUUAGGAUUUAUUUAGAUGUCAACUCAUCAAAAUAAGCAUGGAGAAAAGGUUAACAUGGAGGUAUCAAAGCUCAAUUUUGUUAGAGAUGGAGCCACUAGAUUGCCACCAGGGUUCAGGUUUCAACCGACCGAUCAAGAGAUUGUGUUUCAGUAUCUGAUUCGCAAAGUCUUCUCGUGCCCUCUUCCGGCUUCGAUCGUCCCUGAAAUAGCCAACAUUUGUAAAUUUAAUCCUUGGGACUUGCCUGGGGAUUGGGAGCAAGAUAGGUACUUCUUCAGCAGGAACGAAGCCAAGUAUGGCAAUGGGCACAGAUCAAAUCGAGCAAGCAAUGACGGAUAUUGGAAAGCAACCGGUCUGGACAAACAGAUCACAAGGUGUUGCAAUAACUCGAGAAAAAAAGAGAUCAUAACGGGGAUGAAGAAAACACUUGUUUUCUACAAAGGCAAGGCUAUGCAUGGGGAAUCAACCACAAGGACUUAUUGGAUUAUGCAUGAAUACCGUCUUGUUCAUUCAACUUACUCGCCAAAAACCAGCUCCAGUGAUAAGAGAUGUUGGAUUCAAAUGGGAAAUUGGGUUCUAUGUCACAUUUUCUUGAACAAAAGAAGUAGAAAAGUAGGAGUUGCAGAUGGGAAGACUAUAUCAAGUGGUUUAACUCCACAGAAAGAGCUUCUGCAUCAUGGUUUUAUGAUAAGUAAUGAUGGGACUAAUGUCAAAUAUGAACCAUCAUCAUCACCAUCCGAAUCAUCUUCAUCGUCUUGUGGUUCCAGUGUGGUGACUCAUGAAGUUUCUUCAGAUAGAAAGUCAUUACAACAUGAUGAUAACAAGAAUAAUGUAGCCACUUAAUGUAGCUUUAACUUUGCUUCAAUUGUUAAAUUUUAGGGGUUUCUUUUGUAUUCCGGUAUUUUAUUCUUGUGGUUACAAUAAAAUAUGAGAUGCUCUAUUUUUUUUU